AUGGGAAAUAUAGAGAGCCAGAUGCAGGCAUUUGAGGAGUCCAUAGAGGUGAACAGAUUAGAGACUGAAGAGAAUGAGAAGAAAUUGGCUGAUUUCGAGAGCCAAAUCGAGGAGGAUAGGAAUGAAGGGCUUUUCUUCAAGAACUUGAGGGAGAAAAAGCCAGUCGACAAGGAAAAAGCUAAGGAGGAAGCUCAAAAAGUUCGGGAGCUUGCUAGUAGAAGUGCUGGCUCAGUUGCUAGAAGGAAUAUUUAUCUGGGGCUGAUUGGGUUAGUGGUAUUUGGAAUAAUAGAUGCAACGAUAUCUAUAACGUCCGAUUGGAAGAAAAUUGCGGUUCUUGGGGUUAUUCUGAUAGGGUUAAUUUCUCAGCUCGUAUACGAACAGAGCAUGUUAUCUGACGAAACAGAUAAAUCAGAACAAAAGAAGGAAACCGAAUAA